AUGCCUUCCUCACCAACACACGAGGAUCUUUUUGAGUGCACGAAAGCAAAACCAGCUUCAAACUUGAACACUUUUGCAGUGGGAGACAACUAUGCUUCUAUAUUCAAGUUCAGCCAAUUCAACAAAAUGCAAACAAGUGCCUUUCCCAUGAUAUUUCAAGAUUCAGACAACUGUGUGGUUACCAGUCCAACUGGAUCAGGGAAGACCGUGCUAUUUGAAGUAGCUAUCAUCAGAGCAUUGAAAGAAAAUAGCAAAGCCAAGAUCUUGUACCUCGCCCCAUUGAAAGCAUUGUGCAAUGAGAGAUUUUCGGACUGGUCCCAUAGAUUUGCAAGAUUCAACAUAUCAGCUGGAUUGCUCACAGGGGAUUCGGACAUGAGAGAGGUUCAGAGGGCAAGGGCUUGUAAUAUCGUUAUCUCAACUCCAGAAAAAUGGGACACGUUUACUAGACAAAGCAAAAACAGGAGAGAGUCUUUGUUACCAUUAAGCUUGCUUCUACUAGAUGAGAUACACGCAAUUAAGGAGAACAGGGGUGCAAAUUUGGAGGCUGUCGUUACUAGGAUAAAAAACCUGUAUCACAAUAUUCGGAUCAUCGCAUUAUCUGCCACCGUCCCUAACAUUGAUGAUAUUUCCAAGUGGCUUCGAAAACCAGGAAAACUUAGAGCCACUACGCUAAAAUUCAAUGACACGUACCGGUCUGUCAAGUUGACUAAGACCGUUCUAGGCUUUAACAGAAAACCCACAACAAACGAGUUCCAAUUUGAAGCGUUUCUCACAUCAAAACUUUUAGCCAUCAUCCAGAAUUAUGGGAAUCGAAAACCCGUUCUUGUCUUCUGUGCUACACGAAAAAGCACCAUAAUGACUGCAAAAGCGCUCGGUACAAAAUUGGGUUCUUACUUUCCACGAAAACCUCCUAUUACCGAUCGACUGCAACCACAACUGCUUGAUCUGAUCAACAACGGGGUCGCUUAUCACCAUGGGGGAUUGUCCUCAGAGGAGAGAAGGGUGAUCGAAAAUGGUUUUCUUUCAGGAAAAAUCAGUGUCAUCUGUUGUACAUCAACAUUGGCGGCAGGGGUCAACUUGCCAGCCUUUUUGGUCGUCAUCAAAGGCACGAAAACGUGGAUCAAUGGAAGCUUACAAGAAUAUUCGGAUUUGGAAGUUUUGCAAAUGAUUGGAAGGGCUGGAAGACCCCAAUUUGAGAAUCAAGGAGCCUGUGUCAUCAUGACUCAGUCAGCCGAAAAAGCGAAAUAUGAGAAACUUAUCCAUGGCACUGAAGAAGUAGAAAGCUCUUUACCACACAAAUUGAGCGAAAUACUCCUCAAAGAGGUGGAUUCAGGUCAAAUCAGUGAUUUUCAAAGUGCAAUCGAAUGGCUGAAAACGACUUUUUUUUAUCAGCGGUAUCUUGUUAGUCCAUACUCAUACGCUGGCGUGGUGAAACCAGUAAUAUACAAGAAACCUAGCCAUUGCUUAGAAUCUUUUUUACAAAAGGGGAUAAAAGAAUUAUGGGCUGGGGGUUUAAUUACAAUACAGCAGGGCGAAUUUGUCUGCUCAUGCUAUGGCGAUACGAUGCUGAGAAACUGUUUAUCGCUGGACACUAUGAAAUACCUCCUGAGGUUAAAGAAUAUUGAGCAGGACAAAUGUCUGGACUUCUUGAGUCAGACCCCUGAAUUUGCGAAGGUUGAAUACAGAUCUUCAGAAAAACCCCUUUUUCGCAAAAUCAAUCAGAGUCCAUUGAUUAGAUACAGAUUAGAAGGUGAAAUUGAGGCUGUAUGGCAAAAAGUUCACUUGGUUGUGCAAUUCGAACUCGGUCGAUUGGACUACCCAACUCAUCCCAGUUUCAGAAAUCUUUCAUUGGGUUUUAACUUUGACAAGGCAAAGGUCUUGAGGCAAAUGACAAAUCUUAUAAACGCUGGGAUAUCAAUUUUCGAAAGAAAAGGUGACACAACUAGCCUCAGGUCCGUGCUGUAUUUGGGAAGGUGUUUGAGUGCGAAAGCCUGGGAAAACACCGCACUAGAACUGACUCAAAUAGAAGGGAUUGAUAAAGGAGUCGCAAGAAAACUCGAAACCAGCAAUAUUCACUCUAUCAAAGAAGCACUGCAACUCCCUAGAGAGAGCUUCCACCGGCUCGGAAUCAAGAACAGUGUCAUGAUAUACGAUCAGUUGAGAUCAUUUCCCCAAAUCCAUCUGAAAGCUAAAAUCAUCAGGAAUGCAUCAACUGCUGAUCUUUUAAAAGUAGCGAUGGUGAUUACUACACCAAUCGAGUAUAUUCCAAACUACGACAGCUCAGAUUGUACAAUACUGAUUCAUGGUAGAAAUACAAAGGAGCUCAUCAAAUACAUGAAGAUUCCGCUGCGCCAAAUGAGCGGCGACUUGGAAAUUAACCUGGAAGUGAAUGCUCAAUUGAAUGAGAAGAUUGUUAUCUAUGCAAAUUUCACCGAUAAAGUCGGGUCCGGAACGGAGGUAUCUUUAUCUUGUUUGCCAUCAAUUGAUGAAAGCGAUUUCUCAGAUGAAGAAGACGUAGAAUUGAUGCUAAUUGAAAGGGAGAAGCGAAAAUGUGAGGAACAGGCUCAAACGGAUGCUAAAAGACGGCGUGAAAAUUCUUUGGAAAUGACCGAGGAAGGCGUGUUCAGCGAAUUAGAACGAGAAGACUCUUCGAUGUCAAGUGUCACACCCGAGUAGUCUAAUGAAAAUAUUUAUUAGCGAUGAAUCUCAGGUGGCCUUCAUCAAUUUUCAUAUGGGAAUCGCUAAUUGUCAGGAAAUCUAUUUUGUUUUGUUCGUAAAGUGUUCUGAUGCCAAUGAGGUCGUCCUGGAAAGAGCUUGUUUCGUUGAAAGGAAUGAUCUCACCAGAAUCUGGAUCUAGGUCACAAAACCACGCUGUUUCUUUUGGAACUAACAUGUCAUCCUUCGAAAACAUCACCAUUACCAGCUUUUCAAGCUUUGUGAAGUUGUCAACAUACUCAGUAUCUCUGAUGAAUUCGUUAUUGACAAAUUUGAGGAAUGCUGAGUUUUCAAGAUAUUUCUCAAAGUUGUACACAUCUCUGAAAUAUUGAGCUUGAACAACAGAACUUUGAACCUUUUCGUUGUAAAUUUGCUUCUUGAGAAUGCUGUUCCUCCGUUCACAAAGCCAGUUACCUUCCGGACAAGGGGGAAGAUCAGUUACACCAUUAUGUGGCGAGCCAUAAGUGAUAAGUGUCUUAAUUGGUAAACCACAAAGCUCCAUUGCAGAACGAAGAAAUAGUCCACCUUGCGAGAACCCCAGCGCAUUAAAGCCAUUUUCCAGUUCUGGAAUAGAAUUAAGCUGAUUGCAAACGCCUCUAAUUUGAGUGUUAAGGUCUCCUAGAAAAGAGAGCUUCUGAUCUUUGGUCUCAUCAACGUCGAGAUAUACUGAAUGAACAAACACGUUAGGGAUCUCGUCUUCAAGUAGCGUUUUGACACUCUGCAUUCCCGUUGAAUUAUAAGUAUCUCCCAUACCGUGCCAAAUCACUACACUGGUAGGCUUUGAGUCCAAACAGCUAGCAGGUCUUUCUCUAGAAGAGUGUUUCUGAGAAAUCUCCAUAGAAAUGGCUGUUGAAAU